AUGGCGACGGAUAAGUAUGCGCCAACGCCACAGGAUUCGUGCACAGCGCCGGGCAGAAGACGCAGCUGUCUCAGUCGCUGCUACAAGAACCAGCCACAGUGGAAUGCCCUCGGCUCGGUGUCGUUCAUCCUGAUUUCGGGCGGCAUGAGCCUGGCCUGGGGUGUCGGCUUUGCCGUUCAUUCCGCCCAUCGGGACGAGCUGCUGAUGACGUUCCACAUGCAGGUGUCCUGGUAUGCCGCGGCCACCAUAGGAGCAGUAUUGGGGGCACUCUGCACCCAUCGCCUGCCCUGCCAGCAGCCCGUCUAUAUUCUCGGAUCCUGUCUGGUGCUGGUCUCGGGCAUACUCUUCCUGACCUGCCACGAGCAGCCGGCGGCCAUCAUCACAGCCCGCUAUCUGGACGGACUGGCCAAUGGUCUGGUGUUUGUGCCCGCCAUGAGCACCGUGGGCGAGCUCUCUGUGUGCGGCAUGCGCGGUCUGCUGGCCUCGACGGUGGAGCAGCUGAGCUGCAACACUGGCAUCCUGCUGCAGCUGCUCUACACGGCCGUGUGGCAGGUGGACUGGAACGUGACAAUUGCCGCCGAUCAGGUGCACGGUGUGCUCAGCAUUCUCCUUGGCGUGGUGGCCCUUGCCUUUGCCUCGACGCUGUGCGUGGAGUCGCCGGUCAGCCUGCUGCUGCGCUCCAAUGAGCAGCAGGCGGUGGCAGCUCUGCGGCACCUGCAACGUCCCUACAUGGUCACCAGCGAGACCCUGCUCCAGCUGGACGAGCACAAGCUGUAUGUGGCCACCAACCGAGGGCUGAGCCUGUGGCAGAGCAUCCGCAUGGGCGUGCCGCCGCUGCUCAAGCUGCUGGCCCAUCGAUCCCUCAAUGCCCUCUGCCUGACGCUGGUCGUGUGGAGUGCCCUCUACGAGACGGCCGUCCAGCUGCUUACCCAUUUCCAUGCCUGGCCCUAUGUGAUCUUCGGUGUGAUGCGCUGGUGUGGCUGCUUCUGCGUGCUCCUCCUCAUGGACACGACCGGCCGCAAGAAGCCCACGCUAUUCGGUUGCUUCUCCUGCGGCUCGCUGGCCCUCGCCUUUGCCACCCUCUUUGGGCGCACGCCGCAUAUGAAGGCGGCCCUCGGUCUGCUAUUCAGCCUGCAGUUCUUUGCUGGCUUGGGACAAACCGCCUCGGCGGUGUAUCUCACGGAGGCCUUUCCCCUGGCCAUCAAGCCCCAAUAUGUGGCCCUCGUAUAUGUCAUGGAGCUGCUACUGCGACUCAUCUUCUGCAGCUUUGCGCCCAGUAGUCCAGCUGGCAUUGUGGCCUACUUUUAUGUGCUGGGCGGUCUGUCCAUGGCCUUCUUCUUUCUGGGCAUCUUCUGCCUGCCGGAGACGAGGCGCACCACGCUCACGGAGGCUCAGCAGAAGUUUAGCAAGUGGUUCAACAAGGAUUUCUAA